AUGCCACGAACGUACGACGAAGAAUUAGGUUAUAUCGAGAGAAUAAAUGCACAUUGCUGGAGAAUAAAGAAAGGAUUUGUUCCAAAUAUGAACGUAGAAGGAAUAUUUUAUGUUAAUUCCCAUUUAGAAAAACUAAUGUUUGAAGAAUUGCAAAUGUCCUCAAAAUAUGGUGGUGUAGGAGGAUUUUUACCGGGAAUGAAACAAAUUGCAAAUGUAGCUGCAUUACCGGGAAUAGUUGGACGUUCUGUUGGUUUGCCGGAUGUCCAUUCUGGGUAUGGCUUUGCCAUUGGAAAUAUGGCUGCAUUUGAUUAUAAUGAUCCAAAAGCUAUUGUUUCUCCGGGUGGUGUUGGCUUUGAUAUUAAUUGUGGUGUACGUUUACUGAGAACAAAUUUAACCGAGAAAGAUGUACAACCAGUUAAAGAACAACUAGCACAAAGUAUGUUUGAUCAUAUUCCGGUUGGCGUUGGUUCGAAAGGUGUUAUACCAAUGAAUGCCAAAGAUCUUGAAGAAGCACUUGAAAUGGGUAUGGAUUGGUCAUUGAGAGAAGGUUAUUCAUGGGCCGAAGACAAAGAACAUUGUGAAGAAUAUGGCCGUAUGUUACAAGCUGAUCCUUCAAAAGUAUCACAACGGGCGAAAAAGCGGGGUCUACCACAAUUAGGUACAUUAGGUGCUGGAAAUCAUUACGCUGAAAUACAAAUUGUUGAUGAAAUCUAUGAUAAAUUUGCUGCGGGAAAAAUGGGUAUCGAUUUUAAAGGACAAGUUUGUGUUAUGAUACAUUGUGGAAGUCGAGGAUUGGGACACCAAGUUGCUACAGAUUCAUUAGUUGCGAUGGAAAAAGCGAUGAAACGCGAUAAUAUCCUAACAAAUGAUCGUCAAUUAGCUUGUGCCUUGAUUAAAUCCGAAGAAGGACAAGAUUAUCUUAAAGGGAUGUGUGCGGCAGCAAAUUAUGCCUGGGUCAAUCGUUCAUCAAUGACAUUUUUAGCUAGACAAGCAUUUGCCCGUAUAUUCAAAACUGCCCCGGAUGAUUUAGAUAUGCAUUUAAUCUAUGAUGUCUCUCAUAAUAUUGCCAAAAUCGAAGAACAUGUAAUGAGCGAUGGAAAACAAAAAACAUUAUUAGUUCAUCGAAAAGGAGCAACAAGAGCUUUUCCCCCACAUCAUCCAUUAAUACCAGUUGACUAUCAACUAACAGGACAACCCGUUCUUAUUGGAGGAACAAUGGGUACAUGUAGUUAUGUGUUAACUGGAACUGACGAAGGAAUGCGUGAAACAUUUGGUUCAACGUGUCAUGGCGCUGGACGUGCAUUGUCUCGUGCCAAAUCUCGACGUAAUCUUAAUUGGUAUGACGUACUUGAUGAUUUAAGAGAGAAAGGAAUUGCUAUACGUGUAGCCUCGCCUAAACUUGUUCAAGAAGAAGCGCCGGAUUCAUAUAAAAAUGUAACUGAUGUUGUUGAAACAUGUCAUGCAGCCGGUAUUAGUAAACUAUGUGUAAAAUUGCGACCAGUGGCGGUUAUUAAAGGUUAA